AUGACUUCCGAGCUUCCUCCUUCAAAUUUGAGCACUCUCGAGGCUCCCACGAUUGACAUACAAACUGCAGAUAUAUCCUCAUCUCAAUCUCAGACAACUCAAAUGGAGAACCCCCCAACAUCCCACAUUACUCCACAUACAAUCCCCCUAGCUGUCACGAAGACAGGUCCCACCACAAUCGAAGAUCUUCCGAAUGAACUCUUAGUUGAUAUCUUCAGCCAUUUGGAUUCAGAAGCUCCAUCAUCUUCUCACACAAUACUUCACGAUCAACCAACCUUGAAUGUAACCAAUUCCUCUAUUCGAGACCUCAAGGAUUGCUCUGUAAUUUCGAAACGAUGGCGACAAGCAACCUUACCUUUACUUUUCAAAUAUACACGAUAUAUCUUGAAAUAUUCAGAAGAUGAUUCUCGACCAAUUCUCAAUGAUCUAAUUGGACCCUUCCUUCAAUUCAUUCAUACCCAAUCUCUCGCGGACAUUAUUUCAAGCUUUACAUUGGUGGUCCGGGAGAAGAAGAUAUCGAAUUGCUUAGAUGGAAGACCUCGACUUGGCGAAUUCGAUCGUUUUUGGCAAGGACUCUUUCAAACGAUUAACCCCUCGACUAUUUUGAUCGCUGCCCCUGUCGAGGCUCUUGCUUCGUUGACUUCAGCCGUCAUCAAACCGAGGGACCUAAAGUUUUUUGAAAUCGAAUGCCACUAUCUACGAUUGCAAAGACCCGCAGAUGAGCACACAGACUAUGAUGAACACACAGACUGUUCCCAUGUACACUACAGGAAGCUUGGUGAUCUACAAAAUUAUGCCAUGUCCUCCGAGAUCUUCCACAUUAGACCUUGGUCCUCUUUACUUCUCAAUGAAGGGUCUAAUUUAGAAGCCUACAAAUCGCGUCCAUUGUGGGGAGUGGUCACUCCUUCUAUACUACAAAAUCUUCUUGGAGAUGAUGUCCCGGAUUCUCUGAUCAACUCUGGUAUCCGUUCUAUGGAGUAUAUAGCGAUAUUCCCAAUGUCAUCUCACUUUCAAUCUCUUGUUAGACAACUGCCGAGAUUAGAUCAUUUGUACUGCCAACUGGUACCACGUAAUAAUAUUCUACAGGAGGAAGAGUCAAUAAGAGAAAUUCAGAUUGAGGAUCUUUGGAUGGAGAGAAAUGAUUGCUAUGCUAAGUUAUUACGAGAAAAGCUCAGCAAUCCAGAACCUAGAAAUUACAAAUAUCUCAAAACCUUUGAGUCUGGAGAUGCUGCAGAUGCAGAUGCUUGGGAAUUGGCGGUAGAGUUUGUAAAGCAUGCUGGUCUACCAUGGAAGGUAACAAUCCGGGCGAAUUAUAUCGAUGGGCAUGGAAUGGGACUGCCAAGUUACCUCAUCGCUCGCUGCCAUUGUAUCAAGAAUGAUCCUAAGAUUCCAAACAGACAUAUUGGAAGUGAGGAGGUGAGGAGUCGGCUUUCCAUGGAUCGAUCCGUCUAUAAUGCGGGGAAUCUCCUCAUUAAUGAAUAUCUCACCGCCUUAGUAAUUCUGCCCCUCGACUUUAAUAUGAGAUCCAAACGCGACAACCUCAAUCCCAUCUACUUCUUGCCAUGUAACCACAAUGUCCCGAAAAGCGCCAAAGGGCGAAUACAUCGAAACCGAAAUAAAGUAUCCCGUCGUUCACAAAUCAUCGGCACAACGAAUAUCAUCCUAGGAGGAAAAACGGUUAUUCAAUCCGAGGUUAUCAUCAGAGGGGAUUUAUUAAGAACGUUGCCUCCGAGUAGUACGGGGGAGAAGCCGGGAAAUCCGGUUGCGGUUGCGAUUGGGAGAUAUUGUUUUAUAAGUCGGGGGGCUCAGUUGAGGCCUCCGGGGAAGAUUUAUAGAGGAACAUUCUCAUACUUCCCUCUCAAAAUUGGCGAUCAUGUAUAUGCGGGGCCCGGCUCAAUAAUCGAAGCAGCGAUGCUGGGGAAUCAUGUUCAUAUUGGUGCGAAUGUUGUGGUGGGAAAGUUUGUUAUUGUGAAGGAUUUUGUGAAGAUUUUAGAUGGAACGGUGGUGCCGGCCGGGAUGGUGAUACCGAGUUUUAGUGUGGUUGGAGGGAUUCCUGGGAGGGUUGUGGGGGAGAUGGCGGAGGGGGAGAUUGAGGGUAUGGAUUUGAGGGAGAUUUAUAGGGGGAUAAAGAAUUAG